AUGGCCAGGGAGGGUUGCAGAGCGAGACGCCGCCGUGUCGCUGAUAAAGACCGGAAACGUGCUGCGCGCGCAUGUGACUUGUGUCGCCAGCAAAAAGAGAAGUGUGAAGGGGGUAUACCCUGCACAAGGUGCGUACGGCUACAUCGUGAAUGCAUGUUGUCCAUAUCGCUUGAGAGCCGGCACUCAUCCGAUUUGGUUCCUCCUGUUACAAUCGAGUCGCCUCCACCACCCGGUCAACCCCAACCCACUACGGCAGAAACUGGUAACGAAACCGAUCUUUCCGAGCUCUUGCAGAGACUGUUCUACUUGGAGAAUAUUGUUCGAUACAAAUUUGGUGUCCAAAAUUUGGACUUGCAAGCUCUUCGGGCCUUAGCUUCGGAAGCACAGCAGGAUGCGUCGAUCGGCUCGGGCGGUAACAUGGCACCUGGCCGUGGGAUUGCCGCAGUAGACGAAAAAUGCAGUAUCCAACCCAUCGAACAUAACGUCGCCCACUUCUCCGGUGAACAUUCACAUUGGAAUUUUUCUAUGCAAAUCAAAAGAUGGAUCAAGCAAAACAUCUCCCUAAACGCUCGUAUACCAGUGGAAGGCUUGACGGAGUUCUGGCGUUUUAAAGAUUUGCAAUGCCUUUCUAGCACGCUGGCUGCAGUUUCCUCGCUUCCCCCUCGGUUCAUUGCUGAUUUUCUUAUACAUUGCUUUUUCAAACACGCCAUGACGAAUUAUUUCUAUGUUGAUCGGGACUGGCUCUUCACCAAACUCGACACAGCCUAUUCCUCCUCCUCAUCCCUUGGUCAAAACGACGCAGGCACAAUGUGCACAAUAUUUUGUAUUUUUGCAAUCGGUACGCAUUACGCUCAUCUAGAAGCAAAUGACGGCGACACGACGGGUUCUUUCACGCACCAUCCUUCGAACGUGACUCCGUUCACAGGAGAGUCCGCAAGUCUGGUCUUCUACCAUGAAGCAUGUCGCUUAUUGCCAGAUGUGAUCACGAUAGCAUCUCUAGAAAGCGUUCAAGCAUGCUUGAUCCUUGCCGUGUUUGCGCUACCUCUUGAUGCAUCUGGAUUAGCUUGGACUUAUCUUGGCCUUGCUAGCAAACUUGCUGUUUUGAAUGUCAAUCAGCAUUCGAGUGGCGCUGCGACGCCUUCGCCACUGUCGUGUGUCGAAGCCACACUACGUUUGAAUGAAAUGCUCAACCGGUCGUCUCUGAAGCGGUUUUCCUGUGCAGACGCACUUCACUGGGGCCUAGACCGACUGAGUCAAUCUCAAGGUGAACUUGUGGCUUGGUGGGAUUGUCUUCCAACCAGUCUGUCUCGACCUGAACUUUCCUCGUCCACUCUCGAUAUACGUCCCAUUGCCCAUCUCAAACUUGAAUAUUGUCUUGUGCGCAUGUUCAUCGGGCGAAAUUUCCUUUUUCCAGAGGAAUGUUUACGAAGUGAGAUAAUGGACUCAAUGGAUUGCAGAGAUCCUGGGUCUUCAGCAUCUCUGAUGGAUCCGAAUAUCCUAAAAUCACAUUUUAUCGACAACUGUGUUGAUGCUGCGCUUGGAGCGAUUGAGACGUGCCGCUUCCUAAAGAAUACGAUAGGCCUGGCGCGAGCAUCGUACACUGAGUUUAGCUCAUGUCGAGCGGCCCUGUUGAUCAUUGCCAUUCAGUGUUUUCAGACAGGAAGCCGGAAAUAUAGGCAUAGUCUUCGCGAAGGCUUGAUUAUGCUCAAAGAAAUGGCGUCUUGGGCAGAGCUAGCCCGUGUUGAAGCGUCACUGAUCGAUGCUUUUGAAAAAGUCCUUAUAAACAUGGAUGCCACUCAGAACGAAAUCUCGGCCGAUGAAUCAGGAUUCAUGGAAUUUAAACGAUGGGAGAAUAUGUGGAAAGAAAACACAUCUGCUACGGAUUCUUUUAACCUGGUUGGCCAAGAUGGCAUGGCUCAGAUGACAGAUCCCUCGUGGCAGGACUGGCCGAAUAUCAGGGAGUCCACAUCUUUGAAUUUGGAUGAUAUUGAUUCGUUUCCAAUGCUUGAGCCCCGAGGACAGAGGGGGCUGAUCCAUCAACCACGGACAUGUGAGGAUUUGUCAACUCUUUUGGGUUUCAGCUUCCAAUCCUCUUAA